AUGGCGCCGAAUAAAGAUUGGAUGGACCUAGUAGAUGAUGAUAGACUUGAUCCAAAAUAUAAAGAAGGGGUUGAUCAGUUUUUAGACUAUGCAUAUGAGAAGCUGUUGGAUAGUUUUAAUGAAAAGGAUGAAGACUUUGAAAUUCGAUGUCCAUGUGUUAAAUGCAGCAAUGUGAAGUCUGGUAAUCGUGAGUCGGUAAAGACCCACUUGAUUAUUCAUGGAAUUAUUAAAAACUACAGAUUUUGGUGUCAUCACGGCGAAAGACAGGGUGAGUCCAUUUCGGAGUUUGAUGAAGAACAAGAAGAAAUGAUAGAAGAAAGCCAGAGUGACGAUGAAAUGCAAGAAAUGAUUGGAGAUUUAUUUCAUAAUUCAACUGGCGUUGUUGCACCUGAUGCCACGUCGAGUCAGGAUAUUCUUGAGCAGGAACCAGAUGGACAUGCAAAACAAUUCUACAGUCUUUUAGGUGACUCCGAGAAACCUUUGUAUGAAGGCUCUAAAUGUUCAAAGUUAUCUGCUUUAGUGAAACUACUUCACAUAAAGAGCCUAAAUAGGUGGAGUAAUAAAUCAUUCUCAAUGUUGCUCCAGUUUUUGAAUGAGGAGCUAUUGCCAGGGGAAUCAACACUGCCUAAUUCGUAUGACGAGGCCAAAAAAUUAAUCCGAGACCUUGGCCUAUCAUAUGAAAAAAUUGAUUCGUGUCCAUUCUCUUGCAUGCUGUUUUGGAAAAAUGAAGAAGGUCUUGAUACGUGUCAGAGAUGUGGUGCUUCUAGAUGGAAACUUGAUAAACAUGGAAAAGAGAUCAAGCGAAAGGCAAAUGGUAAAAAAAUACCACAAAAGACAUUGCGAUAUUUUCCUCUUAAGCCACGAUUGCAAAGGCUUUACAUGUCUUCGAAGACAGCUUCUGAUAUGAGAUGGCACCAUGAAAGACAAGUUGAGGACGGAGUGAUGAGGCAUCCAGCUGACUCUAAGGCUUGGAAAAACUUUAAUGAGCUACAUGAAAGCUUUGCCGAAGAGCCCCGAAAUGUUAGGCUCGGUCUUGCAAGUGAUGGUUUCCAACCUUUCACAAAUUCAAAAGUUUCUUAUAGCAUAUGGCCCGUUUUACUUGUACCAUAUAACUUACCACCAUGGAUGUGCAUGAAGCAAUCUAAUUUUAUUUUAUCUAUGCUCAUUCCUGGUCCAACUGGUCCUGGAGAUGCUAUUGACACCUACUUACAACCAUUGAUAGAAGAACUAAAGGAGUUGUGGGCCUCAGGCGUUCGAACAUAUGAUGUAUCUCUGAGACAGAAUUUCAUUUUACGUGCAGCACUAAUUUGGACCAUUAAUGAUUUUCCUGCUUAUGCAAAUUUAUCUGGAUGGAGCACUAAGGGGAAAUUAGCAUGUCCUUGUUGUAAUAAGCACACUCACUCUAUCAGGUUAAAAUAUGGAGGCAAGCAGAGCUAUAUGGGGCAUCGUCGCUAUCUUGAUGAAAAUCACAGUUGGAGAAAGGAUAAGAAAUCAUUUGAUGGCACUAGGGAGAGAGGGUAUGCAGCGCCGAAGCUGACCGGAGAUGACAUCCUUAAGCAGGUGGAAGAUCUUAUAGGGAUCACCUUGACCAAUCAUCCAGAGAAGAAAAUUAAAAUAUCACACGAAAGACGGGGAGAUAAUUGGAAUAAAAAAAAUGUCAUGCAUAUUGAGAAGAAUAUUUGUGAUAGUCUGCUGGGAACAAUCAUGAACAUUAAAGGAAAGACAAAGGAUAAUAUCAAAGCCCGUCUCGAUUUACAAGCAAUGAGUUUAAAACCGGAGUUACAUCCAAUCCAGAGAGGAGAUAAACUUGUGAUGCCAGCAGCUUGUUAUACUUUAUCCCAAGAAGAGCAAAGCAAAUUUUGUCGAUUUCUAAAGGAGUUAAAAGUUCCAGAUGGAUUUUCAUCCAAUAUUUCUCAAUGUGUAAAUCUUAAAGAGCGUAAGAUUUUGGGGUUAAAGAGUCAUGACUGUCACGUUCUUUUGCAGCGCUUGAUUCCUGUAUCGAUUCGUGGCCUUCUUCCUACAAAAGUGUGUGAACCAAUUAUUGAACUUUCCAUAUUCUUCACUAUAUUAUGUGCCAAGACAUUAAGGGUGGAUGAACUUAAGCAAAUUGAUGAGCAGAUUCCACUUACGUUAUGUAAGCUUGAGAAGAUUUUUCCACCUUCAAUUUUUGAUGUUAUGCUGCAUUUAGUAGUUCAUUUAGCAUCUGAAGCCAUACUUGGAGGGCCUGUUCGAUUUCGAUGGAUGUACCCAGUGGAGCGUCAGCUUUAUACUUAUAAGUCAUAUAUCAGAAAUAGGGCACGUCCAGAAGGGUCAAUUGCUGAAGGAUAUAUAGCAGAUGAAUGCAUGACUUUUUGCUCAAGAUAUCUAAAAGGCUUCGAGACAAAGUUUAAUCGCCUUGAAAGAAAUUAUGAAGAUGACAAUAGAGAAUGUAAUGAAGCACAACUAUCUAUUUUCAGACAUAGUGGGCGGGCAUUGGGUGCUGCCACCACCCGCUACCUUGAUGAACGUGAGUGGUUGCAAGCUCAUAUUUAUGUUCUAAAGAACUGUGAUGAAGUGCAACCACACAUUGAGGACUACAAUGAAUUCGUGAGAGAACCCACAAAUCACUAUGAUGAUAAAGAUUGGGAUAAGAACUUUAUCGAGUGGUUCCAAGCUCUAGUUUAUCAGAGUUAUCGAGAAGAUGAUGACUUACUUUCACUAUCUCGUGGUCCAAGUAAGAUUGUUAAAUGUUUUACUGGAUUUGUCAUAAAUGGACAUCGAUUUCAUACAGAAAGUCGAGAUAAUUGUUUGUCAACUCAAAGUAGUGGGGUUGCAGUUGUUGGUGAUGCUGGUGAUGGUGGAGAUAUAGAUUAUUAUGGUGCUUUGGUUGAAGUUGUCGAAUUAGAGUAUCCUGGUAGAAGAAAGGUUGUUCUAUUUCGUUGUAAAUGGUGGGAUGUGCACGGCAAAGGAAAAGGGACCGCUUUGAAAGAAGACAAAUAUGGAUUUAUCAGUAUUAACUGCCGACACUUGCUAAAGACGAAUGACCACUUUAUACUUGCUGGCCAAGCAUCACAAGUUUUUUAUGUUGAGGAUAUUGCCAAUGAAGGUUGGCAUGUAGUUCUUAAAGCACAACCCCGUGAUUCCUAUGAUAUGCCACCAGAUACAGAUGAUUGUGGGAUAACAGACGAUGGAGUUGAAGCUUAUUUGCAAGAUGAAUCAUUUGAUGCUCAGGCUAUUGCAUCAACAUCAUUGGAAGAUGAUUAUAUCAAUUUGAGAAGGAGUGAUAUUGAUCCAAUUAUUGUAAAUUCGGUCUCAACUUCAAAAAAGAGGAAAAAGACUCAAGCAGAGAAUUAGAACGCUUUAAUUAAAGAAUAGAACACAAAUGAUAUUGUGUUAUUGAGAUAAAAUUUAAGUUGUAUCUUCACUAUAACUAUUCCUUUUUUAGACAUAUGAUGUUCUUUUCUUCAUAUUUUGGAUGUGGCUUUGACAUUGCAGCAAGUGCUUCUA